CGCGUACGAUGGUCUUGCUUUCGGUAGUCGUGCGGUCAUAGGCUGGUCGGUGGCCAGCUGGGGUAUAUAACAGUUUCCCUCGUCGAGUCGAUAUUCUCAUCUGCCUCUCCAUCCACCCGAACUUUUUCUCCCAGUCAACAACCAAACAUGUCUGCCUCCGCACCCAGCAAGAUCGUCUCCACCGACGAGCACGCCGAGAUCGACAGCUUCGACGAGAGCACGUCGGGCACGAGCCGCAUUGCGACGGGCGAGUCGAAGUCCGGGAAGGAGGAGGCGAAUGUCAUUCGCGGGUACAAGGCGACGAUCUCUAACCCCCGCGUCGGCGAGGAAGCCAAGGAGCAUGCGAGGGAGUACCUUGAGCAUCACGGUGUCGACCAGUAGAGCGGUGGCAUGUGCACAGUAGAAUCACACUUUGGAAUUGGACUAUGAGAGAAGCUCGUCAACAAAUAAUAUCCGCCUAGAGCUCC